AUGGGCUGUGCGCUGGGGAAAGAGGACAGAAGGAGGAGGAUGAGCCACCUCCGGGUCGAGAGGCGGCUCAGGCACGACCAACAAUCUCGGAAAAAGGAGGUAAAGAUCCUCAUGCUAGGGGCUGGCGAAUCUGGGAAAUCCACCGUGCUGAAGCAGCUGAAACUCGUCAACGGAGGCGGCUAUUCCGCCGACGAGCGUUGGUACUUCAAAGGGGUCAUCUUCGCCAAUAUCUUCCAGUCCAUGCAAGCCGUCUUGGAGGCCAUGGAUGUCCUUGGCAUACCAUUCUCAAACCCUGCGUCCGAUCGGCACGCGUCGGCAGUCCUUUCACAAAGACAGAAGAUGACUGCCGCAGAGUUAUCUCCAGAGGUACACCACGCCAUCAAGGCUCUUUGGGCCGAUGCCGGUGUGAAAACCUGUCUCUCACGAUGCAACGAAUUCCAAGUCUCCGAUUCUGCACGGUACUACUUUGACUCUAUCGAUCGGAUCUCAUCCCCGAACUUCGUCCCCGACGACCAAGACAUCCUCCGGUCCCGGCAGAAGACCACUGGUGUUGCCGAGUUCGCCUUCGAAUCAAACAAGGACACGGUCUACCGCGUCAUCGACGUCGGCGGGCAGCGGUCUGAAAGAAAGAAAUGGAUGCACCACUUUGAGGAUGUGGGCCUGGUCCUCUUUCUCGUCGCCCUGUCCGAGUACGACCAGAUGCUCUACGAGGAUGGCUCGGUCAACCGCCUGCAGGAGGCUAUCAAUCUUUUCCGCGACGUGUGUGAGUCCCGGUGGUUCACGCAUUCGACGGUCCAAUUGGUCUUCAACAAGACAGAUCUCUUCCGGGAGAAGCUGUCUCACUCCCCACUCGAGGCUUUCUUCCCCGAUUAUGAAGGUAAGGAUUCCCCUUCUUUGUCGCUCCCGGAACUUUGA